AGGUGUAACGUGGCCAUGGUUCGCUAGGGGGUGCUGUUUCCCCCUUCUUUUUCUGCGAGGCCAUGAGAAGGAAGCGGAAGCAGGAAUGUUGGACGUGAGCGGAGACGGCGGAGGACAACUCUUGACGAAUCUUCACACCACGACGCAACACUUGACACUUUUCCCACUUGCUGUCGACAGACGCGACGCAGGGGACAACAUGAAGAAGGUGUUCUAGCAGCUGUUGAUGUUCCAUUUGCAACCAUGGAGAGUCCUGCCAUCGUCCUGGACGCGGUCCUGUCUCCAGAUGGCAGUGCCGUGGCUGAUUGCAGCCUAGCAUCCCUACGGCGGCGGGCUUGGGCCAAGAGCAGAGAGUCUACCUGGCAGGAGACACAAAAAACACUGACCUCUCGACCCCCACAGGAACCUCCGCCAGACUGUACUGAGUCCAAUGGAGAGCCUAAGAAGACUUCUGAAGAACCCGGACUUAGUCCCAACAAGAUCACCAGCUGGCUCGACCAAUGCAGGACGCCGCUGGCUGUUUCACUAGAUGAUCAGAGCAUACCUCUGGGCAAAGGGGCACCAAGGAACGGCUGCAGCUUCGAAGAUGACCUUUCUCUGGGAGCUGAAGCUGACCAUCUUCAGUCCAGCAGCAAGACAACUGGAUCCUGUGGCAGUCUGGCUGCCGAUCAAAAGAGGAGUCAGUACAAAGAAAAAGGACGAAGUAUGAACUCCACCGGGUCUGGAAAGAGCAGCACUGUGUCCAGUGUAUCUGAGCUGCUGGACCUGUAUGAAGAGGACCCAGAGGAGAUCCUGCUGAAUCUGGGUUUUGGGAGGGAUGAGCCCGACAUGUCCUCUAAGAUCCCGUCCAGAUUCUUCAACAGCUCAUCGGCAGCACGCGGCAUCGACAUCAAGGUGUACCUGGGAGCUCAGCUUCAGCGUAUGGAGGUGGAGAACCCAAACUACGCUCUGACAAGUCGCUUCCGUCAGAUUGAGGUCUUGACCACAGUGGCCAAUCAGUUCAUCCAGCUUUACGGCCACGUGUCUGGUCAGCCUGUCCAGAGCGUCUGCAGCUUCAGUGGCAGCAGAGAUCAAGGAGGAGGAGAGGUCACCAAAGACCAGUCGCCGCCAUCCAUUUUUCAGCGAAGAACAUCUGCUCAGAAUGUGGCCGACCGUCUGAAGAAGAGCCUGAGCAAGCACAAUCUGCUAAUGGCGUCACAUAGUCCGCCGAGCCGACCUGACGAUAAGACACCACCCACUCUUGCCAACGGCCACAGCCGGCAACUCCAUGACGGGCAUUCUGAACAAGAUGGCGACGAGCAGACGGCCGAGAAGCACAUCCGCAAGAAGGACAGCUGCUCAUUGGCCACUGUCACCGAGGAAACCAGUGGGAGUGGUGACGUUGAGGUGGAGCAGCACACACACACCGGACAAAAUGGACCUGGUGGUGAGCCCGACUUCACUGACACUGGAUCAACAAAUCAGAGCACAAAUGAGCCACAAGCCAGCGGAGCCGAGGAGAAAAGCAUAACCUCAAAUCCUGACAAAGCCUUGCCCAACAAGGCGCCCCCUACUCAAGGGGUGGCACCUCUGUCAUCCCCCCUGCUAGCUCAGUUGCGGACAGAGAACGCAGACUCCUUCGACAUGGAGGAGAUUCAGAGCAACGAAGAUGAAGCUCUGCUGUCCAGAACGUCUAGAAGUUCAGAUUUGCUGCGGGCCGUGAGCCAGCAGUCGGACAGCAGCGGCUUUGCUGAGGAGAUGUUGUCCGUGGAUGCCAGCAACCUCAAGGUUCAGGAGAGCAGUGACAGUUGUGACAGCGAAACCACAGUGACAUCACACCCUUCGCAUGACGUAGCGACACCCGUCGCUCUGGACCAACCGGCGUUCGACUUGCCAGAUACCAGGGUUGAGAAGUCGGAACCCACUUCUGGGGCCACGGCUGCAGCCGUAUCUAAUAGGAGUUCCCAGGAACAGGAAAAGAAUGAAAAAUGUGAUGGGAAUUCAGAGCUGGUGCCGCAGUACAAAGCACACCAGCUUCCCAAGAACAUUCCGUUGAAAGAUGUUAGGCAGGGUGGCAGUGGCCCUGAAUCUCAGGAAAAUCACGAACAGGAACAGACACAACCUUUGCAAGAUGAUGACCAAAGGGAGCUGCUAUCUUCGGAUCCGCCACCUUUGAAUCAGUUGUCUUGUAAUCCGCCGUGCUUGGAUCUGCCGUCCUUGGAUCCACCUCCUUUGAAUUGCCUGCCCUUAGAUCCACAAUCCUCAGACCCUCUUUCCUCAAAUCUGCCCUCACAUUCGCCGUCUUUGGAUCCACCACCCUCACACCAUCCCCUCAGUGUCCAAGCGCCGUCACCCCCGGAUCAUCCUUUCAAUCUACCCACUCCAGACUCUCCCGUCCUGAGUGCUCUGAGUCGCGUCAAACAACGUUUGGGUGACGCAGGUCCACGCCCAAGCAGAAGGCAUCAUCGAAGCGGUCUUCCCUUGCAGAGAUCGUCCUCGCUCCCGUCUUCUCUGCUGUCCCCCACCAGGGUGGUGUCCUCAGUUAAGGUCCAGUUAGGAGGAGGCCGAGCAUUUUGCAGCCAGCCCUGCUAUGCCUUCCGUUACAUCCAGGACCCUAACGCCAACCUGGAGACUGCCGAUGUGCCCUCCUGUAUCUCCACGCUGGUCAUUGAGAGCACUUCAGAGUCCGACCACAAAUAUGCUGCCCUGCCGAAAGCAACCCCCCGUCCACUCAUACGGUCAUCACAUUCGCUGAGAUCUGCCAGCCCUCCUACUAAUUGGCCCUGGAUCACCCAGAGUGUCCCCAAUCUUUCUUCCAAACGGGAGCAAUUUGGACACGAUCAGCAGGGUGGGACCCCAAAUCCGGGACCAGAUAUCUUCCUCUCCCCUAGUCCUAGCCCCAGACCAGAGAGUCCUAUGUCCACCCCCCCUGUGAACCCAUCCCUGCUGUACCCCAGCUUUCUUCAUCCCUAUGCCAGUCUCCCCAACCUCCACCACCAUCAUUCUAACCACUUCCCAUUCCACCAGCCCCCGAUGGGUACGCCUCCCCACUACAGUAGCCUGUGGAACCUACCUUUGGGAAUUCCUCCCAUGCCCCACUACCCCGCUGGCAACUACCACAUGGCAUAUCAUUCCAUUCCCCACAGCCCGCCCUAUCUGGGUUACAGUGGUUACGAACUCAGCCCCUUGCCCCCGUUGGCCCCAGACCACAUCAUACAUCGGGGUGGUGCCCCUCCUGGGCCGGGUUUGCACCCGGAUCUUGGCCAGGGUCACACUCCCCACCGUGGUCUCGCAAAUAGCUCUCACCUGGGUCACAAUCUUGGUCAGAGCCCCCACCCAAGAUUUGGUAAUAGCUCCCACCCAGGUCACAGUCUGGGCCUCCACCCAGUUGUCAGCCAGGGUCACACCUCCUACAAUGGUGUUGGCAAUAGCCCUCACCUGGGUCAUAGUCUUGGUCACAGCCCCUACCUAGGUGUCAACCCGCAUCAGAGCACCUACACGGGUCAUAACCUGCCUCACAACCCUCACCCGGGUUUCGGGCUUUUGCCCAACCCCCAACCCAGUCACAGCCUGGUUUCUAGUCAUAAUCCUCAUUUGGGCUUGAGUCCGGGUUCCUGUCAGGUGUUGUCUGGUACGGAGAUGCAACUGAGGAGGGUUCUACACGAAAUCAGAGGGACCGUUCAUAGUCUGAACCAGCAGCGCGUGGAAACCUCUGAAAUAUUUCUUGAAGCCUCCUGCCAACAGGCUCUGGAAACGCUCCAGCAGAAGAGGCGGAGUCUGGGCCUGUUUCGGGCACAGAUGAUGGACCUGGAGCUGUCCAUUGUCCGCCAGCAGGCCCUUGUCUACAAACACCUGAGCCCCGCUGACAGGUUGGAGAUGGAGCAUCUUAUAUCUCUGCGGUCAGCCGUCAGAGAAGAGCUGCUGGAGUUGGAACAACAGUUGGAGGAUAAAUUGAUGGACCUGACGCAACAUGCAGCGCCAGGCAAGGGCGUCAGCACGGACAACGUGUCUACCAACUCUACACUGAGAGCCAUGGAGCCGGUGUCAGACCUCCUAAGGGAGCAGUUCCUACUCCAAUCGGAGCUGAACUAUGACGAUCACGCUGCCUCCUCAGCACCCUCCUCAGUGUCUUCCUUCCGCCCUCGCACCCCAACACCGGGUGUGAGCGGUGACCCCCAGAAACCCGCCGUGUACCGGGCAUUCAUCAACAUCACCCCAGUGCCACCACCUCGCACCGACAGGUUGCAAUACCAGCGAGAGGAAGAGGAGCUGGGAGCGGGCGAAAAAGAUGAAGCACUGGAGGAAGCGGGAGCAGAAAGACUCUGCGAGGACAACCUGCACCACAUCAUCACAGAGACACGUGAGAGCGUAACACAGGAAGUGCGGCAGGAGAUCUUCAAUGAGCUCAUGGUGGCCACCGGGGCAUCUUGCCUCCUAACCCGGCCAGCAGACCCCUGACCCGUACUGCAUGUUUGGAACACUGUCGGAGAGCAUCACUGAAUGUCUUUUACACUGAGUUGGGAGAUGCCACGCCAGCCGUCAAACACCUUGCCAACCAUAACCAGACAAGAACCAGCAACCAACAAGCACCCAUGUCUGAGGGAAACGCUUCCACUUUUUGAGUUUGUCGUUUUUGCUGGUGUUAACUGUUGCCCCUUUAAAAACAAAACACUUCCAACACUAACACAAAGACCAAAAAACCCAAACACGACCACGUUGCCGCACCUGUUACUGAGACCACUCAGCGGGACUACAACUUGGACAUGAGCCAUCAACCACAAUCACUCAACUGGGAAAGCAAGCAAGAUUGGAACCUGUCAGAAACACUAGUACUAGUAAAAAGGACUGAUCUUUAGCACCAGAAAAACAACUCUGGUCUUGGAGCUGUACGAGUGCGAUCAGUUGUCAGGACCAGGACCUGUCAAUAAAAAAGUAAGAACAGAACAAGUCUGCAAGACUGGUAGCAGCAAACAGGCCAGAUCAUCAGGGCCUGUGCUAUCAAAUUGAACAAAAACACUUAAAAUGACAUGAAGUGGAUCACAUACAUAAACCAGAAUUGGGACUAGCAAACAUGGUCAGUAAAUAGGACUUGGACCCGAAAACAGGACCAUGAUCGGUCAGACCUUUAAAAUCUUACCAAGCACAUCAACCAGUCCUCCAGUACUUUUUUUUUUCCCCAAACCACAACUCACCAGUGUCACACAAGUGCACACACACUUAAAUGGUUUACAUGAAUUCGCUCUAUCAUCAUUGUCGUCGUCAUGCGUGUGAGUGCUAACAUUAUGCUCGUCUGUUAGGGACCUUAGUUGUACUGUAGAUGUUCAAACUCGACCCAAUGGAGUUUUUUUGUUGUUGUUUUUUUUUUUUGGGGGGGGGGGGGGUUGUUAACAUGCGUACUAACACGCAAGCAAUCUAUUAGCAGCUUGGGAGCUACUGUAAAAUCACACUUGCUUGCAAGUUACUGUAAUACUGUAAUGUACUGCAACUAAUGUUAAUAUAACUAAGAAGGCUGACAUAAGAUCAGGAAAAAAAAAAAAAAGUUCCCAGCCAUGUUGCUAGGCUAGUUAUCCCAAAAGGGAAGGUCCGUCAAGCACCCACCCUCCCCAUCGAUAAGCAGGUGCCGGUCCACGAAACGUACUAACAAGAACCAGUCUGGGGCUGAAAAAACAAUGAAGACCACUGCGCAAGGCUAAUCAGCACAUUGAAAUUUAUACAUGAAAGUCACAUUAGCUGUUAGCAACCAGAGCUGAGAGGGCAUCGUUCAAGCAAGAUUGAUUUCAUCUUUUCAUCUGAAUUAGCACGCUGGUGACAUGUCAAGGCUGGGAAAAUACAGCUAGAUUGCAUGCUAACUCAGGAGCUAACGAGCCCGUUUGUUUUACACGGGUUACACACUGGUUUUUUUGGAGGUCUUUAUUGUCAGUCAGAAAAUACAGUGGAGACAAAUUGGAUGAUAGCUAGCUAAUCUGUUAACAUAAUCUGUUUUGCAGCAAAUUUCUGAGCUAUUUCACCAUUGGUAGUAUUUUAUUGUGACUUCAUAAUUCCACAACAUACGCAAGUGACCUAUGCAAAGGCCUAGCAUAUGAGGGCUAGCUGUGGCUAAAAAUGUCAACAGAGCUACGUUUACAUUAUUGAUGGCAAUAUUGAAGUUUAGAAGUGGCAAAAAGGAUUGUUUGCAGCGGGUGUGCGUAUGUGGAUGACGCUGAUGUCGAUGGUUGAACGGAGGCUAGCGCUUAGGCUUAUCAAUUUUGCAUCCUGAAUUUUAAUGUUUGAAAUUUCUGGCUAACAUUUGAAUUCACCACACAUCUUAUUUUGUGAACGAUACAAACUGUAUUUUCAUGUUUAAAGUUGACUAUUUUUUAGCUUGUGCGGCGUACGGAUGACAUAAGUUGGUUGAAAUGACUUGGAUAUUGUUCAUUUUUCCACCACCAGUCUUUUUUUUGUUUACAUAAUUGUCAAUCUGUCUAAUCACACACUGGUGUUUUGGAAUUUGCUUUUAGCGAGUGUGUGUG